AUGUUGAAAGACAGUCCUGCGUCACGGGCCUUUAUUCGGAUUUCCAUCUUUCUAUUGAGGUCCGUAGCUCCAUUGAGUACGACAUACUGUGUCGCCAGAGUCGCUGGUUGGCGACCAUUCGCAUCGUCUACCACUCUGCAUCUAGUAGAUGCCUAUGCUGCAAUUGAAGUGAGCUUCUACCUACUCUGCCGUUUGAGGAAAUGGUGGUUGAAUCGUCCUGCUCCAAAACAUAACUUGCCCUUUUCUUCUACCGAACGCAAGGCUUUGUUCCUCAGAACAUGGGAAUCGACACCAAAUCCUCGGAACUAUCUCAGCCUUUGGUUCAAAGGUGUCCCGAUCGAGGACUUGGCCCGUGAGGAUGUCAAGGCUUGGAUUUCAUGGAGGAUGUGGAAUGCAAUCGAACGAUGGCCUACGAAUGAGGACGAUUUAGAGGAGUACCUUGCACACCUGGAAGGAGUUCUCAAAUGGAAAUUCCCUGAUGGCCGAUCUGAACAUACGUCGAUGGCCGUGACGUUUGAGCCAUUGCGCAUUAUCCAUCGGCCAUUGCUGUGGUAUGUCUGUUUCAUCGGUGGUGCAGACUUUGAGAUGUGUGCCUUUAUGCGAUAUUACGGCUUUGCCUUCUACAGCACCGGCUUCUCGAACCUGCUCAAAUCUCUUCCCGUUCGGCCUUGGUCAAUUUUGACGCGUCACCGUUCUCCGUCUUCACAAAUCCCAUACUGGUAUCUACCUCAUGAUUCUGCUGAGCGCAUUCCAAUCCUGUUCAUCCACGGUGUUGGCGUAGGUUUGCACUUCUAUCUGAACUUCUUCAAGGAUUUUCUCACCAAGGUAAGACCGCAAGGUGUGGGUAUGAUUGCUCUCGAGAUUCUUCCGAUCAGCUCCCGCAUCACUGGACCUUUCCUUCGAGAAGCAGAAAUGGCAUGUGAGAUUCGGAAGAUCCUGAGCAAACACGGCUGGACCCGAUGCGUAGUCGUUAGCCACAGCUAUGGUUCAGUGGUGGCUGCGCAUAUGCUGCAUGAUCCAACAACAAAAAGCAUGAUCGGCCCAAUGAUCUUUGUGGAUCCUGUUGCCUUUUCCUUCCACCCUCCUGAGGUAGCAUGGAAUUUUCUGAGGAGAAAACCAACUACCGCAAGCGAGAUUCAACUACACUACUUCGCUUCCACAGACCCCGACGUGGCCUACACUUUGACCAGGCGCUUCAUUUGGUCCGAGAAUUCGCUUUGGCGUGAAGACGUCGAGAAACGGGCAGCUACCGAAGACGGGAGGAGUCGAAGCUGCACUGUCACUUUAGCUGGCAAAGACAUCAUCACUGAGACCAAUACUCUAGGACGCUAUCUCACUCGAUCACAGACCGAUCAACAACCAUGGUACGAACAGGAUGACGCACUCAAAGAUGAUUGGAAAAGAUGCCAAUGGACUGGAACCGAGAACUUAGAGGUGAUGUGGUUCCCCGAAUUGAAUCAUGCCGAGAUAUUUGAUGACGCCAAAGACCGGCAAGCGCUAUUGCAAGUCGUAGAAAGGUACUCAGUUGAAUGA